GUCGCUUCCAACCCCCACAACGGUCAACUGGUGCUGGUUGCCCAGCUGCCCAGCUGCCCAGCCGCGCAGCUGUGCCUCGAGGAUGAUCGCCGCCACAGCUGAACCUCAGCCAGCCAGAACGGUUAGCUGCAGGAAUGUGUUGGUCCAAGUAAGACAAAGAAAAAGUAGUGAGACGGACUCACCGUGGUGUACACAAAAAAUGGAUGAACAUAACAACCCCUCUCUGCCCACCGAAUAUUCCCCCGGCCCCUCGAGUCACAAACAAUGUCAUCGUCACCUGCGCCCGACAGCUUCAUGCCCACGGCUCCUAUAAGAGGAAUGAUCCGGAACUGAGCAAGUACCACAACCUCAUCAAACCACGGCACCCCCACACCAGCCAUGUCUCACCCAAUCCCCCAGCCGAAAGGUCUCCCCCUGGUAGGCAACCUCCUGGACGUCAGCCCCUCCAACACCUGGCAGUCCCUGCAGCGCUUGUCGGAGAAGUAUGGCGAGAUCUUCCAGAUCAAGGUCCUCGGAAAGACGAUCGUGUUCGUGGCGGGCGCCGCGCUGGUCGAGGAGCUCUGCGACGAGAAGCGCUUCCGGAAGUACGUGGGCGGGCCCAUCGUGGAGAUCCGGAGCGCGGUGCACGACGCGCUGUUCACGGCGUUCGACCACGAGGAGAUGUGGGGCGUCGCACACCGCAUCAUCGCGCCGAGGCUGACGCCUGAUGCCGUGCGGGAAGGAUGCGACGACAUUGUCGGCUGCACAGUCGAGCUGAUUCAGAAGUGGAAGGGGUUGGGGGCGUCCGAGGGCGGAGUCGACCUGAUGGACGAGCUGAACAGGCUCAAUCUUGAGGCCACGGCGCUGACCAUGUUCAGCAAGAAGCUGAACUGCAUCAGUGCUGCUGAGAGCCACCCGAUGCUGCAGGGCAUGGAGGACAGCACUGCAGAGGCAAUGAAGAGGCCCAAUCGCCCGGGUCUCCUCAACUGGCUGCUCUACGGCGGCAAGUUCAAGAACGCGAUCAAGGUCAUGCGCGAGGACUUCGCCGCCGAUAUGGUGUAUCACAGGAAGCAGAACCCAACAAGCCGCAGGGACGUCCUCUGGGCCCUCAUGGAAGGCAAAGACGACCAGACAGGCAAGGGCCUGACGGAGAGCCAGGUCAUCGACGAGAUCGUGAGCAUGCCCAUCGGCAGCUCAACGGCGCCGUGCAUGCUCGGCACCCAGGUGUACUACCUCAUCCGGAACAAGGCGUGCGUCGCCAAGGCCAGGGAGGAGCUGGACCGCGUCGUCGGGCCCUGGUCGGGCGCGGCUGGGGCAGCGGGCGAUGCGGCGCAGAUCCGCGCCGAGCACCUCCCGCAGCUCAAGUACGUCGAGGCCGUCGUCCGCGAGUCCCUGAGGCUGAGCUUCGCCGCGCCCGGCUUCAACAUCGAGCCGGUGCCCCGGCCCAAGGCGCCGAGCGGCGACGCGGACAAGAGCCCUGUGUUCCUCGCGGGCGGCAAGUAUCAGAUCGCGCACGACCAGCCCAUGAUUCUCGUCCUCGCGGGGGCGAACCGCGACCCUUCUGUCUUCGAUGACCCUCUCUCGUUCAGGCCUGAGCGCAUGUUGGGUCAGGGGUUUGAGGAGCUGCCCCCCGGCGUGAAGAAGUGGUUCGGGAACGGGAAAAGGGAGUGCAUAGGCAAACACUGGGCUUGGCAGUUCAACAUGGUGGUCACGGCGAUGCUGAUCAGGGAGUGUGACUUUGAGCUGGUGGACCCGGAUUGGAAGCUGGAUGGGCACCAGGACGGCUGGUUUAAUUACAGGCCUGCUGGGCUCAAGGUUAGAGUGAAGCCGAGGGCUUCGUGAAGUAUAACAGAGUGGAUCUCGACCAAUGAGUACUUUGGACAAAAUCUGCAAUGCCGGCAACUUCAGGGCAAAAGUAGGUUUCGAGGAUUUGCUGCGGUGGGGAAAUAGGUCAGGGGUGGUAUUAUGCUACAGUAAUUUGUCAACAGACCCGAAAUUGCAUCACCAAUAUUGCUC